AUGUGGACAGUGCUUGAGGCGCGGGACGCCGCUUCAAAGGCGGCGUACAAUACCAACGUCCAACUAUGGACCAUGUACGCAGUUGGUGUUGCGGUGACGAUGUUGCGGACGUGGUCGCAGAGCAGAGUCGUGGGCUGGAGAAACUUGCGCCUGGACGACUACCUGGUCUGGGUGGGAAUUUUAUUCUACACCGCGCAGGUCUCGCUGGCCUACAAUGUGGGCGCAGUGGCCCACGGACUGGCAAACAACAGCAUGACCGACGCUCAACGGGCCGCAUUGGCCCCAGAUAGUGCAGAAUAUCAUGCCCGGGUGAUCGGCUCGAAGAUCCAAGUUGCGGGCUGGGCCACCUAUACAGCAUUGAUCAGCUUUCUCAAAUUGUCGAUGUUAGCAUUCUACGCUCGAUUGAUGGAUGGCCUCGGUCGACGGUAUCGCGUGCCAAUCUAUAUUGGAUUCAUCUUGGUCAUUGGGGCCUUCAUCGCCAGCACGGUCACCAUUCUGGCGUCUUGUCGCCCGUUCCACAAGAAUUGGCAGAUCUACCCCGACCCCGGCAACGUUUGCCAGCCUGCCAUCUCGAUGCCGGUGGUCGCCAUCACCUUUGCAUCCAACCUCCUCACAGACCCAUAUUUGAUUCUGUUACCGAUUCCUAUGCUCUGGGGAUCGAGCCUGAAGGUCAUCAAGAAAAUCGCGGCGACCAUCAUCCUCAGUGCAGGUAUCUUCAUUCUCGUCUGUGCGACCCUGAAGGCCGUGUUUCUCAUUGUGGAACAAAACAACGGAGCCUCCAUUGCCGAGGAAUGGGGUACACGGGAGACCUUCGCCGCAGUCAUCACGACCAACCUGCCGAUGGUCUUCCACCUAUUCCGCACCUGGCUCGCACGCGCCUUCGGCAGCGCCUUCCAGUCCUCGCAAAAGAGCCACAAGAACCCCUCGGGAUUCCAGACGAUCGGAGGCGGCGGCGGCGCCUCUGCCAGCCGGAACCGCAACAGAAGCACCGACCCGAUUACGAUCGGGCUGACCUUCACCGAGAGUGAGGAACGCAUGAUGGGCGACAUGAAGAUGCAGACCCUGAAAGCAUACCCGGCGCCUGCGGACGUGACGGACACCCCCAAUAGUGCGAUUGUGGUCUCCAACCAGAUCGAGAUCACGCACGAGACGCGACGAAGCAGCCGUAUUGAAUCCGAGCCCUCGUCGACGCACGCCGCCGACGAGGGCUGGCUCCGGUAG